AUGUCGAACCCCGAGUAUAACUUCAACUUCAAUCCUCCCCCUCCUUUGUAUGGCCAUCCUGGCACACCAGCAGGCCAUGCAUACAGUGGAAUGGUUGGUGCCCAUGAGAUGGGAAGGGCUAUGUACCAAGGUGGCCCUGCAGGAAUGUCGGAUGGGUGUCCAAUAUGCAUUCAGCAUGUUGAGGCUGCGAAGACUGAGUUCAAGGCCAAGAUAAAGAGUCUGGAGGAGCAGUUUGAGCAGAAAGUUGCCAGUUUGCUUGCAAGUAAGAGUCAAGUUGAUGUAGGAGAUGGGUUUGAAGCUGAGACCAAUGAGGAGUUCGAGAAAGAUGUUGAGAAGCUUGAAAAGAGUGCCCUUGCAUUCAGUGACAAUAGUCUGAAGAUGUUGAUGGGAAGCGCAAAGCUUACUGUUGACAUGCUUCCUUCAUAUCCAAGUGACAAAAAUAAGUGGCUGCUUGAUCCUGCCACCAAUGAGCAUUUGAUGUGUUUUCGCUGGACUGAAUCCCAUCAGCAUUCAGAUAAUCACGCCAACAUCCUGCGCAUCAUCACUUACAUUUGUCAACACAGCACAACUGUAUGUGCUGGCACUGGUCCUGCUCUUCGCGAUAUCAGUGACAAAGACCUGUGCACCUGUGUGGUGAAAAAAUAUCAAGACUUACAGAAGAACUUGUGGAAGGCAGGCAGGUUGUCUGGACACCCAGUGGUGCCUCUGACAGCUGUAGCAAGUACUGUUGAAGACGAUCUGCUUGGGCCUUCAGCUCAGCCUGUAGCUGUAAUGGCAACUUCACGUGCCAAAUUGCAAAGUCGUGCCAGAGGAAAACUUGAAGUGCAUAUAUGCAAAUACAAGAAUCUGCCAGAGGAUUCAGAGUUCAGGAUGAGGAUAAGAUGUUGA